ACUACGUUGUUUUCCCCAAAAACAGCUCCUUCCUUCCAAGAAACUAUAAACACUUGUUUCUAUAAAAAAAAAAAUCAGAAAGCUCUUUUUUUUCUUUUUCUUUUUCUUUCUUCCUUUUAUAUUUCAAUUUUGUGUCAGUUUCAAAGUUUCUCUGCUAUUUCAAGAAAAUGCAAGUAAUACAUAGAUGGCGUAACGUUUUGAUGGUGAAGGAUGCACUUAUUCAAUCAACAAGAAUUGUUGCUUCUACACAAUCACAAAAUACCCAUUUGGCUUCUUUCCAUUCUACUUCUAUUUGCUCCCAAAAAUGGAAAAACAAGUUUAAUUCUGAAUUUAGAGGAAGUCAGCCGCCAACUAAGGAUUAUAUCAGAUAUGCAACACGUCAAAAGCGUGCUGACUCAAAAAAAGCUUUGAAAAAUCUUCUUUUUUAUGGUGCAUCUGGAAACUCUUUUGAGAGUGAAUCUUCAACAAUAGAUGAUAGAUGGGAUGUGGAUCGAGAUGAUCGUUCAGAGAAGAAAAGUGAAUAUAAGUCUGCUGCUCGUCGUAGAGAUCGCUUAAGGAGAAGGAUGCGAAAAAUGAAGAAACGGAGAUUAUCUGAAGACUUCGAGGAAUAUCCCGAGACAGUAUUCCAAGCAACUUUUGGUAAUAAGUGGUACACUUGGUGUUCUAGGCCUGGUAAAUCGUCUCCUUUUGAAGAUCUAUUCUCCCGAAGACAAGAAACAGACUGGUCAGAACAAAGGCAUUGCAGAUGGGAUAAUGAAACUGAAAACGAGACACAGACAGAAUCCAACUACGAAUCUUUUAAUGUAGGGUCUUACUCUGAAAGAACAAUUCUCGGUUUACCCCCAAGGGGUCCUCUGAAGAUUGAGGAUGUCAAGAAUGCUUUCCGUUUAUCAGCUCUGAAGUGGCAUCCUGAUAAGCAUCAAGGCCCUUCACAGGUUAGCCUCAGCAGAAGAGAAAUUCAAAUCCUGCGUCACUGCAUACAAGUCAUUGUGCAACGUGCUCUCCCCAGCUUAACCUUUAUCUGUUCUUACUCUUCUUGUAUCUGACGUAUCCAUGGCUUCUUUUGUUCGAGUUUCAGAAGCCAAAAUCAUCAUUCAUAUUAAUAAUAAAUAGCUCAGUCUUAUGUAUUUUAAUUUAGUUCUGUAUCAUAACUUCCUUCAGUCUGGUGAAUGGCGAUAGAGGGCUCUGUCUUUCCUAUCAGAGCCAUGAAAAUGUACUUAAUAAAACUUUUAGUCUUAGUAUACAUACAAUCAAAUAAAACAUUCCUAA